AUGAUCCGCCAGAACACCUAUCCGACUGAUCGGUCGGACGAGCUGCACUCCGCCGUGCACAACGGCAGGAGCCAGGUGCGUCGCCACAGCCCCCUUGAGCCGGAAUGGACCCUAUCCAAGAACGGCACGUCCGGGGCGGAGCAGCUGUCUGAGAACACCGAUCCGCCCAGCAAACGACGACGCGUUGCGCUGGCUUGCACCGUCUGUCGAGGGCGGAAAUCACGUUGCGACGGCGCCCGACCCAAGUGCUCACUGUGCAUCGAGCUCGGCUUCGAGUGUGUCUACCAGCAAUCCUCCUCGUACUCGAAUAUCAUUGUCGGCAAGGAAUACUUGUCGUCAAUCGAGGACCGACUGAAAUUGGCGGAAGACCGCCUCUCAGCGCUUGAGAGCCGCGACCACGCCGGCGUCGCUCAACAUGCCGACGCUCCUGCUGCGACUGGUUCAACCGGACUGACCAAUGGCACGUCCGGCCAUACAGCUCAGCUGGACACUGCGUGCGUGCGGGAUGACAGCGUGGAUGAUGCCGAGACCACUGAAGACCCUAUCGACGGAAUGGGCGCAGUCACUUUUGCCGAGGAAGAAGACUGCGCCUUCUUCGGUCCUUCGUCCAACAUCGCCUUCCUCCGAAACGUGUCGCGAGCUGUGGCGAGGCUGACGAACGACAGCCAGCCAUGGAGACCGUCCCCUGCAGAACGCAACUCGGUCGGAUAUACUGGAGGAUUCGUCAAUGCGUCUAGGCCAGCAUCACCGGCUCCUACGCAUCACGAUCAUAUGCAUGAAAAAGUCAACAUUUAUGCGCUGCCCACAGAUUCCGUGGCUCGACAACUCCUGGCGUGGUACUUUAGUAACACUGGCGUAUUGUUUCCCUACAUCCACGAGCCGUCGUUCAUGGCAACCUUCGAGCAGAUGAGCAAGGACGAGUUCAGAGGCGUCAGGCGGACGUGGCUGGCUUUGCUUAACAUGGUCUUUGCGCAUGCCGCUGUCCAUGCGCGAGACACCAGCACCACUCCCGGAAGUGUCGACUCGACUAUUUUCAGAGCCGAUGCCGAGUCGGAGAUGUACUAUAAGAGGGCUUACGGACUGUUCAAUGAGAAGCCGCAGAAUGGGGCAGGCGCCAGUGUCGAGCUCGUGAUACUUCUCCUCCUCAUGGGCCAAUACCUCCAAGGGACGCAGAAGUCCGUGCAAACAUGGAAGAUGCACGGCCUGGCCGUCCGAGCUGCCUUCCAGAUCGGACUCCAUUCAAGUGACUUGGGGAGGGAAUUUCCCGCGAUCGAGCAGGAGAUCCGGAAACGGACAUGGUUUGGCUGCAUCAUGCUGGAUCGUACCUUGAGCAUGACUUUCGGAAGACCGGCAUCUAUCCCUGACAGCUAUGUCCAGCUUGACCUGCCCGUUGCAUUUUCCGUGCUCAAUGGUGGGAUCACAGCUGCUGAUAGGAAAGAGUCGUGGGACAGGAAAGAAUCAUUGAGCGUCGCUUUCUUCAAUGGCACCGCCACUUUGUACAAAGUAAUGUGCACCACCAUCGAUACCCUGUACGGGCAGAACCUGGCGUGCUCGUUCCAAGCCAAUGCCGUCGACACCGUGGCCCUGGUCUACAAGAUUGAGAACCAGCUCUCGGAAUGGCAACGAGCCCUGCCGGCACACAUGAGACUCAUUGCCACUCAAGAUAUAAUGCCCGAGCGGCUGCCCUCGGCAGAGACCUCGACCGACAAUGCAUGGCGGCAACUUCGGCUCCGAUUCAUCCUGACGCUGAGGUAUACGAAUGUCCGCAUCCUUCUCCAUCGCCCAGUGCUGGUGAAAUUCCUUGAGGGUCUGAACAACCCGGUCGACAACCAGGAUUUCUCCCUGCUGCAACAGAUCGGCACAAUCCACAUCCAGAUUGCGAUCAGAUCAGCCAAGGAGAUCAUCUGUCUUGUUCUCAACGCGUUGCAAUCCGCCUCUGGCCGUGCGAAAUGGGGUUUGUUAGGCGCCUGGUGGUUCUCACUAUACUACACCUUCAACGCAGCCCUGGUAUUAGGAGCUUGCGUCCUCGUCCAAGUCGAUCAGAAGGCGUCCAGCAACGACCCAAGCAUGUCCCUGCCCGACUCGACCGAGGACAUGACUCUCCAUCUCGGCAUGGCGAUCGAGGCUUUACGGCAUCUCGACAACGACAACCGCAUGAUUGCGCGGUGUCGAGACUACCUAGAACAGUUCGUGCAGGUGGUCCACGCUUUAGCUAUUGCCCAGGGCCUCGUCCCCCAGCCAAACGACUGGCAAGGCCCGUUUCGGCAGAAUCAGGGCCAGGGGCCCCAAAAUCCGUAUCCCCAGAUGGCCGCUCAAGCGGGCGAUUACGCGCUCCUUCAUACGAAUCCCGCGGUGGGCAUGUUCAACGGCAUGAUUCCGAGUAACAAGCAGUCGCCGCUGGGGAUGGAGUUGGGCGAGUUCAUGCUUGAUGGCGAUCUCGAGUUCCUGAGCAGCCACUCGUUUGCGUACAACCGGGGGGCAGCGCAGUGA